CCCGGAACAGGAAAGUCCCGCUUCAGCUUUCCCCCAUAAGAUCCUGUCUCCCCCCGCCGCUCCCCUCCCUCUGCCCCUUCCUGCUGCCGGCCCUUGCGCAGGGAGCCGCUCCGCGCCCUGCGGGACCGGGGCUGAGCCGCUGGGGGCAGGCGCUGGGGCAUGGGGACAGGGCUCUGGGGACCCUCCGGCCGGGUUCAUCCCCCAGCCCUGAGCAAGCCCUGAGCCAGCGGGCAGGGCUGUCCGGAGCCCGCGGGGCUGAGCUGAGAUCCUGAAGUCAGUGGUGGUGAGGUUGUUUUUUGUGGUUUUUCUUUCUUUUUUUUUUCUUUUUUUUUCUCCUCCCUUGGCGCUUCCGAACAUACUGUAAGGUCGGCAGCCAGAGGGAGACUGGGGGAGGAAGAAGACUUAAGGAAGGGAAAAGAUGGCGAGUUGCAGGAGCGGCGUGGAGAAAGCGGCGUUUUUGUGCUGCUUCUUGCUGGCGAGCGGGAGCCUAACCUCCUGCGCCCGGCCUGAGGAGGAGGAAGAGCAAGAAGAGCAGCGCUCCUGUCACGGUGCCUUUGAUCUCUACUUCAUUCUGGACAAAUCUGGAAGUGUCAGAAAUCAUUGGACAGAGAUUUACUCUUUUGUGGAAAGCCUGGCUGAGAAGUUCAUAAGUCCAAUGCUGCGCAUGUCUUUCAUCGUUUUUUCUUCACGAGGCACUACAAUCAUGAAAUUAACAGAAAACAGGGAAGCCAUAAGACGAGGUCUUGAAAUUCUUCAGUAUGAAGUGCCUGGAGGAGACACGUUCAUGCAUGAAGGAUUUAAAAGGGCAAAUGAGCAGAUUUACCAUGAAACCUAUGGAGGAGUUCGGACUGCUAGUGUGAUUAUUGCUCUGACGGAUGGAGAGUUGCAAGAUGUUCAGUUUUAUUAUGCAGAACAAGAAGCCAACAGAGCCAGAAGCUUUGGAGCUAUUGUUUAUUGUGUUGGAGUGAAAGACUUCAAUGAAACUCAGCUGUCAACAAUUGCUGACAGCAUCGAUCAUGUUUUUCCAGUUACGGGAGGCUUUUAUGCCCUUAGAGGAACCAUUGAUUCAAUUCUCAAGAAAUCUUGCAUUGAGAUCCUAGCAGCUGAGCCAUCCAGUGUUUGUGCAGGAGAAUCCUUUCAAGUUGUGGUAAGAGGCAAUGGCUUUUAUCAUGCAAGAAAUAUCGACCAGGUACUCUGCAGCUUCAAGCUCAACGACAGCCUUACUAUCAAUGAAAAGCCAACCCUUGUUCAUGAUACUUAUCUGCUUUGCCCUGCUCCAGUAAUAGAAGAUGCUGGACAGGUGGUUUUCCUGCAAGUCAGCAUGAACAACGGGCUAACGUUCAUCUCCAGCUCUGUCAGCAUCACCAGCACACAGUGUCUGACUGGAACCAUCCUUUUCAUUGCUCUGCUGAUUCUCUUUCUGCUGCUGGCUCUGGCUCUUCUUUGGUGGUUCUGGCCCCUUUGCUGCACAGUGGUGAUCAAGGAGCCACCUCCACCACCACCUCCGGAACCUGAAUCAGAUGAUGAAGAUGGAUUGCCAAAGAAAAAGUGGCCGACUGUGGAUGCAUCUUAUUACGGAGGCCGAGGUGUUGGUGGAAUUAAGAGGAUGGAGGUGCGGUGGGGAGACAAAGGAUCAACAGAGGAAGGAGCAAAACUGGAAAAACCUAAAAAUGCUAUAAUUAAGCUGCCAGAGCAGGAGUAUGAGCCAUGGGAACCCAAGCCAAAAAAGCCCCACGUGAGAAAACCGCCUUCUCAGAGGAAGUGGUACACUCCAAUCAAGGGCAAACUUGAUGCACUAUGGGCUUUGGUUCGACGCGGCUAUGAUCAAGUCUCUCUUAUGAGACCACAGCCAGGGGAUAAGGGAAGAUGCAUGAACUUCACUCGGGUGAAGUCAGAUGGGACCUCUGCCCCUUACAGCCCACCGCCAAAGCUGCCACGACGUGACGAUGUUCCUCUCAACUAUGCUCCAAGGAGCCCUUCUCCUCCCGUGUCUCUGCAACCCCCUUCCAGGCAGCCGCCUCCUGGACCACCCCCGUCUCGAGCCCCACCUGGACCUCCUCCUUCACGGCCACCUCCGCAGCCCAUGGCUUAGUACAGCAAAAUCCUGAUCGACAAAAUAUGUCUCUUUGCUGAAUGCGGCAUAUUUAUUGAGUAUUGGUUUACAGUUAAAGAUAUCAGAUUUUGUUGCUGGUCAGCAAAAAAAAAAAAAAAAAAGAAAAAAGAAAAAAAUUGCCAAGUGUCAAUUUUAGUGUAUGAAUAUAUUUAUACCACAUGUGCUGAGUAAACAUUCAGUGGAUAGAUUCAGAGCUAUGGGGUACAGAAACAAACCAAAAUGAUCAUCUAGAUACAGUAGCAGCUUUUAUAUGUAUACGUUUGAAGAUCUAUUUACACAUGACAUUUGUCUGACUUGGUAUGUCAGAUCAUACGUUAAUAACUUUAGCUGGAUACACGUGCAUCUGUUUUGAUAGCUGCCACCUGCAAGUUGGUUAAACAUAGUUCUCUGAAGAAUUUGCUUUUUGUUUCCCAAACAGUACUGCAUCCAGAUGUUAAAAUGGAACAAUAAUUGCAAAGAUAAUUUCUGCCUUUAGUUCUGCAGGUGGAAUUUCCAUGAAAUUUUUCUAAGGAGGUUAUAACAAUAAUAAGGUAAGAUAAGACUAUGUGCCAGUAAUCUCACAUAUAAGAGGGGUGUCUUUCUCUGGAAAAAUCAGUUUUGAGCCUGCCGUUUCUAGGUAUGUUUAGAUUUGGUUGCAUGGGGUAGUCACUGAAGGCCAGAUUUUGGUUCCAGAAGUCCGAACCUAGGUUCAGCUUCAUCCAAGUUCAGAAGAAUUUUGAAAAGUGUUUUGGAUAGGUGUUUUGUUUUCAUUUACAGAAAACACACUCCAAAAUGGAACAAAAAUGUGUAAUUUGAGCAUGAAUGCUACCAUAUGCAAACAGAAUGUCAUAUAAAUCAGGAGGGACUGAUUCCAUUGCUGGUUAAUCACUAAAAAUUUUCCUCUCAGGCUUACUGCCAGGCAGGACUGGAUCCUCUUGUGAUUCAGGCGUAAAUAAAUCCCUUGCAUAAUUAAGGGAUAACCGUAAAUAAAUAGGGAUUUAUUUUUUUUUAUUUAUAAUCCCUUGCAUAAUUAAGGGAUAACCGUAAAUAAAUAGCCUUGCAGUCUACCUGUGGUUGCGAUAGGCGCAGUGUGGUUUGUCGGUGCUAGCUUUUUCCCCUCUCUUCUAUAAAGUUUGACUGGAGGAUUUCCCAGGUCUUGACUGCUUGCCCUCAAUUCUACAUGUCAUCAGAAAAGUGAUGGGGCACCUACACAGAGGUGGGAGUUUGACGCGGGACUGUGGGACAGCCCAUGCCUAGUUUGUGUUGUGGCAUCUGUGUGGGUUGUGCCCAGAUCAUUCCCUAGUAAUCAAAGUAACACCUGAGCUUGCUUUUCUCCACCAGUACCUAUCAUAUGGUAUUGGAGAGGGUGUCUGCAAAUCCCUGUGCUGGUUAGCUUAGUCAUUAGCUGUGUAGUUAGGAUGUUUGUAGAAAUAAUGUGUAUGUUGCACUAUGGCUCAGCAUAUACCUAUCUCUCCAUCUGUGUGUAGGUGUGGGUGUGUAGCACAUCAUAUGAGUUAUUGGCAUAUAGAUCCAAGAUAAAACAUUAACUGUAUCAUGUAACUAUUCCAUAUGUAAGGGCCUCUUCAUGCAGUUUUUACAGGCAUAUAACAUUGCACUGGUGCAAAUAGGAAUCAGGCUUACUAUUUCCAGUGGAAGUCCCACUUGCAGAACACCAUACCAAGCUCUCAUCAGUCUGUACUGAUCACUGUGACAUGCCGUGUGUAUGCAGCUGAGGCUGUCAAAGUUAAACUCAGAAGAACCACAGAGCCUCUUUUCUCCUCUUGCACUGCUCUGCUCUCUUGAGUUAUGCUCUUACCUCAUGUAUAUUGGUGCAGGUAAUGGAAUCACACUCAUGGGUGCCAGCUGGCCUUGGAGCCAGCAAAGCACUUCUGCAUGCAUUAAUAUGUCCUGCAGGUCAAGAGGAACAUCCUUAUGCACAAGUAUUUUGCUGACCUGUGACUUCAUAAUCAGAAAGGAGAACUGGGAUGUACUCUGCUCUCCUCAUGUUUUUAGCCACUUGAAGAGGGUCUGCAUAAUUUGAUCUCUAAGAAUGGGUUUCUGUUUGGAGGAGAACUGUGUGUAUGUAUGUAUGUGUCUGUGUGUGUGGGAAGUGUGUAGGUUUUUAAUGUUUGGUUUCUCUUCCUUUACAAAAAGUUGCUCAGAGAGCAGCACUCCUAUGAAUGGAAAGGCGUUCUGUAGCCAGUGCAACACAGUCAUCGCUCACUUAUCUCCAUUUCUUUUAGUUGAAAGGUGAAUCUAAAUGCGUCCAAUUUUCUACUGCAGUUCUGGUGAAGCUCCACUUUUGACACCAGUGGAAGCAACUGGAUGACUCCAGUGAGAGGGUGGGAACCUGAAUAUGGGGGAAGGUGCUUUCACAAGCAGAGAUCACUGGUUGAUGUUAUUUUUGUCCUAUGGAAGCCUAUGUGAAGUAAACUUGUUGGAUCUAAGAUGUGUUGUAAUGUGUACAUACAGUUGAACCUGGUAGUAUCUCACAUCAGCCACAAAUACAGUUUAGAUGGACAAUGGACAAUAAGCCACAAAUGCUAUUCAAGAAUUGAAAUGGCAGAGGGUAAUUAAAUAUAAUAAAAAAAAAUCCCCCUGCUAGGGCAAAACACAGCCUGUGAGAGUUAUCUGCUUGUGGGAUUGGAGCAGGCCUCUGCUCUGUAGAUGCUAAGUCUCUUACCAACAGGUGGUGAUGGGAUUGUAAUAAUGGUGGAUCUCACAAAUUAUGUGAUACUAAAAGGGAAAAUUUGCUUACUGAUUUAGUAUCUGCUAAUCAAGUUGAACUAAUGUGUUAGGAGUAAAGUUCAGCUAAUGAAAAAGCCUGUGAGACAGAUUCUUUGUUCUCUUGCUCCUGUAUAGAUCUUGAAGGGGGGUCAGAGUUGUUGCAGACUUUGAUUGAUGUUAAAGUAGAAUUUAACUCGCUUUCAGUGAAAAUGCAGGUGUUGGCUUAGGGAGAACUCUCUGCAAUCAAACUUCCAACACACCUGUCUCUUGUAGUUCUGGAAAACAUUCUCCUUUGCUACAAAUAGGAAGCCUUGCAGAUAUAAAUUACUUAUAAUUUCUGCAUAAUGUACAAGUGAAGCAAGAAUAGGAGUGGUCUGGUGAUUCCAGGUGAUCAGAUCUAUGUAUGAUAAAGCAGAAAGCACCAAGAAAUUGAAAAUUAGGUUUAGCAUAAAUGGAGUUCCCAGCAUCUUCACUAUAUUAAAAUUUAAGCGUGUGGUGGAUAACUCAAAGUUUUUGGUGCCCCCCACCAGCUUCUAUGAUGGCAGCACUGCAGGUUUAGGUGAUAGUUUGCUGGUAACAUGGGAAGAAAAGAAAGCGAAUCUGGCUGAAUUACCUUUGAAAUGUAAAUACCGCACUGGCUACAUUAAGGCCUUUUGGUUUUGUAGAAAUGUGCCUGGUUGCAGUGAUCUCAGGCACUAUAACAAUGCAGUAAGAGAAAACAGUUGCUAUUUCAGAUUCCCAAGCUUGAUCCUUACCUGGUGUAUGGUAUCCUUACCUAUGUAAAUUAACAUAGGCCAACUGAAGUCAAGGCAGUAAUAUUGAUGUGUAUCAGCUGAGAGCUGGCUCAAAAUAAGAGAAAGAAAAAAAAAUCCUUCUAACUGGCUUAAGAUUUAACUAUGUUUGUUUUGAUAUGCGUGUAUAUCAGUUUUGAUUACAGUACUUACACUGCUAAGAAAUGUUCUCAUGUGGGAUGAUUCCCCUGUGUUUUCCAGCUCAGCAUCAUUUCAAACUUAACAAAAAGUGAGCAUCUAAUGCUUCCCCUCAUCCAAGAGAAAAAUGUGGAUUUGAGGGACCUUUGGCUCACACUUAGCACAGAUGUGAAAUGACACAAGGUGCAAAGCAGCGGGGAGGGUAACCCCAAGUGUUUAAAGCUGAUACGGAACCACAUUGAUCAAAGCAUAUUUACGGCCAUCUUUUAACCUCAGUGCAUGCAUUGCCAUCUGUGGGAGUAGCCUGCAGAGCAGACAGUCCUAAAUGUAAAAAGGAAAAAGAAAGGAAAAUAAUCUGCUCCUCAUCUGAAUGAGUGAGCAUAACAAUGAAUGAUAUUUCAUGAACUGUAGCAGUUCAAAUGCAUGUGCACCUGGUGCUCCUAAUGCUUUUUACUCCUGUUGGUCUUUAGACAACGUGAUCAGUAAUAUGCUUUCUCUUUAAUCGUUUGCUAGUUUUUAUUGUUGUUAUUUUGUUUUGUUUAAAAAAAAAAAAAAAAACAUUUCACUGAAAAAAACAGCCCUACUUCUGUAAAUAUAGUUUAAUUUGGAAGAGACAGCACACUUCUGGAUGUUACUGCUGGACAGUUAUUUAUUAAAAGGGGCUUAAGGUGAAUAAAUACAGGUGGCUCAGGAUACAUGCAUGCAAGUGUGAUAAUGCAGUAUAGCAUUUUCAGUUCUCGGUAGUUUCGGGAAAGGGGAAUUUUAGGGUCAUCCUAGUAUGUUUAGAAGUUUGUUACUGAUCUGAUACUUUUGAUACUGCAAUAGAUUCCUAACAUUUAACACUGCUUGAAGAGAUGUGUAGGUUAUGAUAGAUUUUUCAUUUUGGGGGGAGGGAAUAGUGAAGGAGAAAGGUUUUUGUUUUUAAGGGAAAAACUAAACUCUGCUAAGAGUUUACUGUACUAAACUCUUUAAAAAAAAAAAAAAAAAGUGUGUUUUCAGAAACAGUGGGGAUAGGGGCUGACAGACAGCCAGGGAACAGAGAUGAGGGACAGAGAAACCAGUUUGAUUUUUGAUGGACAAAGAAGUUAUAAAUGGGGGUGUGUGGGGGGGUGGUAUUGAUACAUGUGGUACCAAUUUCUGUAACUGACAUGCUGCUUCCAUGUUAUAAUCAUAUAACCUUUAUGCAUUUUAUGCGCCUGCUCCAUUUUUCUGAGAAAACAUUGCAAAUGUAAUGCCUGCAUGCAGAUGUGGGAGAUGUAGCCAACGUCUUGUAAUCCAACAUAAUGUAGUCUUAAUGGAUUCAGAAUCAACAAUAAAAGUGCUUACUGGUUAAACACCA